AUGGUCCCACCUCCACUGGUCCACCACUGGCUCUACUCUGUUACCACUCUACUCUGGUCCACCUCUACAUUAGUCCACCUCUACACUGGUCCACCUCUACACUGGUUCACCUCUACACUGGUCUACCUCUACUCUGAUCCACCUCUACAUUGGUCCACCUCUAUUGGUCCCUCUACAUUGGUCCUCUACAUUGGUCUCACCUCUACACUGGUCUACCUCUACACUGGUCUACCUCUCACUGGUCUACCUCUACACUGGUCCACCUCUACACUGGUCCACCUCUACACUGGUCUACCUCUACUGGUCCACCUCACUGGUCCACCUCUACACUGGUCUACCUCUACUCUGAUCCACCUCUACAUUGGUCCACCUCUACAUUGGUCCUCAACAUUGGUCCACCUCUACACUGGUCCCACCUCUACACUGGUCUACCUCUACACUGGUCUACCUCCAACACUGGUCUGCCUCAACACUGGUCCCACCUCUACACUGGUCUACCUCUACAUUGGUCCACCUCUACAUUGGUCCACCUCUAUACUGGUCCACCUCUACACUGGUCCACCUCUACACUGGUCCACCUCAACACUGGUUCACCUCUACAUUGGCUUACCUCUACACUGGUCUACCUCUACACUGGUCCACCUCUACACUGGUCCACCUCUACACUGGUCCACCUCGGCACUGGUGUACCUUGAAUGCCUCUCACGCAAAUUUGAAUAA